AUGACGACGAGCCUGAAGAAGAACCGGAAGAAGCGCGGGCACGUGUCGGCGGGGCACGGUCGCAUCGGCAAGCACCGGAAGCACCCGGGAGGUCGCGGUAACGCCGGAGGCAUGCACCACCACCGCAUCCUCUUCGACAAGUACCACCCGGGCUACUUCGGCAAGGUCGGCAUGCGCUACUUCCACAAGCUCCGCAACAAAUUCUACUGCCCCUCGGUCAACGUCGAGCGGCUUUGGUCGAUGGUGCCCGCCGACAAGGCAGCCGAGGCGGCCGGCGGGGACAAGGCCCCGCUCCUGGACGUGACGCAGUUCGGCUACUUCAAGGUACUCGGCAAGGGGAUGCUGCCGCCCAAGCCCAUCGUCGUCAAGGCCAAGCUUAUCUCCAAGGUCGCCGAGAAGAAGAUCAAGGCUGCCGGGGGCGCCGUCCUGCUCACCGCAUAG